GAGCCUGAGGCUGUGGGACCCUAAGCUCUGGUCUUCUGCUGCUGUUCCUUCCUCCUUUUCCUCCUGGCUGCCCCCUGCCAGCAGCCCAUCAGCCAAAGAACUUCGUCCCUGCUAUGGACGAUGUCUGGUUCAGUAGAUGACGUGCCCUGCAUGAACUUUGAAGCCAACAUAUUUGCAAAGAGCCUGUGCCAGCACUGCUUCCGAGCAGCAGGGGCUCACCAGCACACUGUCCAGGAGCAUGUCGCGGAGGUCGCAGGGUGCGAUGUUGGCAGUGACACAGACCCAGGCAGGCCCUGGGAAGCCCUCCGCAUUUUAGCCCCUCAGUGUGAGGUAUACGUGUGCGUGGGCCCAGCGGAGGGGACAGAGCGCUCUCCUCCGAAGACCUGCUUUGCUGUGGAUGUGGUGGCAUCCCACGUCGCUCGUGCCUCCCCCAGUAAUGGCCUUCUCCCCGUCCCAGAGCGCUGUCCUGCCAGCCAGAAGCCUGAGGAAAGCUGGCCGAAGCACCGCAUAGAGAGCGGCUAUUUCUCCCUGGAGCGCCGGAAAACCGACCCUCCCUGGGCAUCCGCCGUGCCACGUGUCCCCACCGGCUCCUCGCCGGCCCACAGCAACCCAGUGGGCAGUGGCAGGCGUCUCACCAGCUCCCAGGUUCAGGAGCCCCGCAAGCACCCCAGCAGCGGGGGCGUGGAGGGGCGGCACGGGCUGGAGAGGCAGGAGUACACAGUGCUGGCAGACCUGCCCAAGCCCAAGCGCCUUGGCCAGCGAGAUGCUGUUGACCGCUGCAGCUCCCGCACUCUCAGUCCUGGCCGGGUGGAGGUGGAGAAGAUAUUUGGCUGCGAGCGCAGGAAAUCAGAGACCUUGGAGGCCUUUCAGGCCCUGGAGGAAGGCCGUGUGGACCGGCUUGAUGGCAAGACCCCAGUGCCACCCAGCAAAGGCCGCCUAGUUCAGAGGCAGUUCAGCCCCAGCCGGCCCAGGGAGGGCCAGCGACUCUCCUGGCACCUUGAGCAGCGCAGCAGAGACCCCAAGGAGCCCCUGCGCUCCCCUAGCCCAGCUCAGCACCCAGAGAGAGCCAGCAGGAACCAAGGGGAUCUCCUGCAUCCCACCAGCCCCAGCUGGCUGCUGGAGAGAGGCAGCCGGAGCCCACGCUCCACAAGCCCGGCCCACCGGUCAGAGAGGAGGGCAGGGGAGCCCGUGAGCCCUCCCUGGCACUUGGAGAAAAGCUGGAGGGGCCGAGGGGAGCCCAGCCACCCCCCAAACUUGGAGAGGGGCCGAGGGCAAGCCCCAGAGAGGAAGAGCCGAGGGGACACCCUGCACCCUGCAGGCCUCGGGAAGGCCUCGGAUAACAGCAGGCUGAGCCGGGGAGGGCCACCGCCGCGGUCCCUCAGUCCUGGGAGACAUACGGAGAGUACGUGGAGAAUCCAAAAGGAGAUCUCCCCUCCUGGCCCAGUGCGGGGGGCAGAGAGGCAGCGGGUGAAGUUGGGGGAGCCACUGCACCUCGGUGGGCCCAGGAAGCCAUCUGAAUGCAGCUGGCAGAGCCUUCAGGAAAAACUGCCACCCUCCCACCCUGGAAAGGGUGCUGGCAGUGACCGGAAAGGCCAAGGCAAGCCCUUGCACUCUGUGAGCCCACCACAGCCACUGGAGCAGGACUGGAGGGUCCGGGGAGGUGCCCACCAAGCACAAACGUGGGAGAAGGACUGGAAGCGCCAAGAGAAGCCCAUGUGCCAUGUGGACUUGAUGCGCCAGCUGGAAAGGGACCGGAAAAGCACUGCUAGAAGUCUGGAUGUAGGACUACAGCCAGACAACAGCUGGAAAAGGCCUGUGAGUCCAGCACAGUGGCUGGAGGAUGACUGGAAGGCUCCCGAGCACGCCCAAGUCACAAGCAACCCAGAGAAGCCAUUGGAAAGCAACUGGGGGAACAAGAGGCUUCUCAUUUAUCAUCCCCAGCUAGAUGGAGGUGCCUUCCCACUGCAAAGCAGCGCCAGCUCCUCGGGAGGUCUGCAGCCACGCUCAAAUGCCCGUGAGAAGUGCAACAAGCCAGAUCUCCUCAAUUUCAAGAAGGGAUGGAUGUCCAUCCUGGAUGAGCCGGGAGAGUGGAAGAAACAUUGGUUUGUGCUGACGGACUCGAGCCUGAGGUAUUACCGGGACUCAAACGCAGAGGAGGCUGAUGACCUCGAUGGAGAAAUCGACCUCCGCUCCUGCACGGACGUGACAGAGUUUGCAGUGCAGCGCAACUAUGGCUUCCAGAUACACACAAAGGAUGCUGUCUUCACUUUGUCGGCGAUGACCUCGGGCAUCCGGCGCAACUGGAUUGAGGCCCUGAGAAAGAACGUGCCCCCGGUCAGUGCUCCGGAUGUCACCAAGCUCUCCGACUGCGAUAAGGAGAACUCCUUUCAUAACUGCGUUCCCCCGAAGGGCUCACACCGGACAGAGGAGCAGCAGCAGCGGGGCUCGGGCUCCGAGGGGAACUUGAAGGGCAGUCACUGGAAGGCGGACGGGCAGCGCCAUGCCUUUGACUAUGUGGAGCUGUCUCCCUUGCCACAGGACCCUGGGAAUCAGGGGUCCUCACAGAGGACAAGAGGGAGCUUGAGGAUCUCUGACCGAACUCCCAAGCAUGAGGAGCUGGAGCGGGAUCUGGCCGUCCGUUCAGAGGAGAGGCGGAAAUGGUUCGAGACCACCGAUGGAAGGGUCCCAAAUAGUGAUGGCCUGGUGGGGGAAUCUUUGCUCAAGGCAGGGGAGCAGGACCUGCCCACUCCCCCACUUUCGGAGGACCAGCAGAUUCGGCUGAAUGAGGAGAUAGAGAAGAAGUGGCUGGAGCUGGAACGCCUGCCCUUGAAGGACUCACGGCGGGUGCCCUUGACAGCACUGCUGAACCAGAGCAAGGUUUGCCAUGGAGACACCACUGAGGCACUGAAAAAGGAGGUCCAGUCACUGCGGGCACAACUGGAGUCCUGCCGGGCCCGAAACGAGAGCCUUCGGGAGGCAGCAAAAUCCCAGGGAGAUGGCCAUGUGCCCCGGGGGUACAUCUCACAGGAGGCCUGCGAGCGCAGCCUGGCCGAGAUGGAGUCGUCCCACCAGCAAGUGAUGGACGAGCUCCAGAGGCACCACCAGCGGGAGCUGGAGCGGCUGCGGCAGGAGAAGGAGCGGCUCCUGGCAGAGGAGGCUGCGGCGACAGCAGCAGCCAUCGAGGCACUGAAGAAAGCCCACCGGGAGGAGAUGAACAAGGAGCUGGGCAGGACACGAAGCUUCCAGCAGUGUGGCUCAGUCUCGGAUGCCCUCCAGAAGCAGCACCAGUUGGAUGUGGAUUCCCUGAAGCGAGAGCUGCAGGUGCUUUCUGAACAGUACUCCCAAAAGUGCCUGGAAAUUGGGGAGCUCACCCAGAAGGCCGAGGAACGGGAGCAGACACUGCUGCGCUGUCAGCAGGAGGGAAAGGAGCUCCUCCGGAAAAACCAGGAGCUGCAAACCCGCCUCUCGGAUGAGAUCGGGAAGCUGCGAAGCUUUAUUUCGUCACGGGGCUCUGGGGACCGCUCUCCGCACAACAAUGAGCGGAGCUCCUAUGAGCUAGAGGUGCUGCUGCGGGUGAAGGAGAAUGAGCUCCAAUACCUGAAAAAAGAGGUGCAGUGCCUCCGGGAGGAGCUGCAGAUGAUGCAAAAGGAUAAGAGAUUUGCCUCAGGGAAAUACCAAGAUGUCUAUGCAGAGCUCAAUCACAUUAAGGUGCGCUCAGAGCGAGAGAUUGAGCAGCUGAAGGAGCACCUGCGCCUGGCCAUGGCAGCUCUGCAGGAGAAGGAGUCACUGUGCAACAGUGUUGACGAGUAACGGUCUGCUCUUCGUUCGUUUAUCUGUUCUUGUUAUGUAUUUGCUCCAUUCCUCACUUGCAGGGAGGGGGAGGUUGAAUCCUAUCCGUUAUCGCCUUGGGAGGAAUCACACCCACCCCCCCCCCCAGCCUCCUCACUCACCUCCCAAAGCUUUUUUGAUGAACCCCUUUGCUGCAUACCUGAGCACAUUGUUUGGACUGGCUCCUUACAUGCACCUUCUUCAGGAUUUUAUAUGUGAAAAUUAUAUUUUAUAGAUGAAUUUUUCCCUCUGGGAAGAAGGCUAAGAGGAGGGGGAAAGCUUUUACUACAUCACCAGCAUUUUCUAACCUGAAAAAGAGAAUCUGGUUUCCCCCCCUCCCCAGCCCCAUUGCUUACAGCCACCUUCUGCACGUAUUCCCACUCUUCCAAAUGUCUUUGCGGCCCCCUUGGGAUGUACGGCGAGGACCACGCUCCAUGCCACCCCCAGGGACCUGCAGAGAAGACAUGCAAGGCAUAGGAGGGAGCUGCUGGGGCAGUCUGCCAUGGACAUGCUUGCCUGGGACUUUUGAAAGAGGAGACCUUGGCAAGAGUCCGCAUGAUCGAGCUCUCUCCGUGACUGUCCUUUGGCUCCUUCGAGAACCCAAGCUGGCAGGAGCCCAGAGCCACGGGGCCUCUCCUUUCUGGGAUAGAGGAGCUGUGAGGCUGCUACUGCACCCACUGGAGCCAACCCCCCUGAGGUGGCAGCUGCUGCUGCUCUGCUGCACCCUUCAACUUUUAACUUAAUAAAUCUUCCCCUUUUGCUGAGAAAAA